UUAGCUAGGAAUUUGAUGGUUAGUUAUACACCAAACAUGCAGCUAUUGUGAAAUAUUUCAGUUGUAGGGAGAACAGAACCAAAACGGGCUACUUUUCUUGUUGCAGUCAUGCAGUUUUUACGGCUGCUCCAGGUGUCCCUUUUAAUACUUGGCCUGUCUGAUGCCAGGCCAGGUAGGAAGUUCCUGACAAUAUUUCCCCCUUACAAUGGUCCAGCAUCAAAUGUCACCCAUCAAGUUACAAUCACAGCCACCAAUGUUUGGACCCCAGUCACUGUACAGGUUCAGGAAAGCAGCUUCAUGCAACAUAUCUUCCUCUCUGCCAGCCAAUCAAAGACUCUUCACCUGCCACCAUCUGUAGGAAUGAGCAGUAAUCGCUCCUCCCACCUCCUCCAUGUGACGUCUGUAUGGCCUGUAACAGUCGUUGCCUCAUUCUGUAACCCCUCUGGAUGUGACCACAGUCUUCUUCAUGAUGUGUCUUCCUGGGGGACCCACUACUACCCCAUUACACCUCUCUUCCCAAAUGAGAACGCUGUCAGCCAAAUGGUGAUCAUGAGCUCAGACCGUGAGACAUCAGUGGAUAUCUUCCUCUCAGGGGAAAUGCUAUUUGAAGGAAAUGUGCACCCCAAGGGAAGUGUCCUUAAGUUGCAUUUAGGUGCUCUGCAGAGUGUUUACAUCCAGAGUAACAGCAGCCUCUCUGGCUCAGAGAUAAACUCCCAGGAAGCUGUAGGUGUUGUGGUUGGUUUUACCAGCUCUAAACACACAUCUGGCCAUUUACUGUGUGGAUUUUGUGAGCUGAAACCUGUCUCUCACUGGAGUUUUGAUUACAUUGUCCCUCCCUUAGUAAACACAAGAAUGAGUUACAGUUUCCUGUUGGCAAUGGGGACCGUCAACUCAGUCCUUGACGUCACCACCACCACCGGGCAAACAAAUAUCUCUCUUAUUGGUGGUGUUAUGAAGGUCAUUCCAGUCGUAUCAUCAGAUAAAAUCCAGGUUACGAGUGACGGUCCUCUUCAGCUUGUUUACUUCAGACGUUACAAUGAACUGCGUCCCUCAACUCUAACAGUGCUACCAUCUAUGGAUGAUAUCUGCAGGACAGAACCAAUGUUUGAUUCAGGUGACAGGAGUGAGCAGCAAGAUAACAGUACUCGCACAGGAAAUUUAAAGUCAGAUGGUGAAUUCCCCCGGAGGCCAAAUUUUGCUCCGCUUCCUGAAGAUACAGAGUUGAGUUCUCAUCAUACUGAUGUGGGACAUUAUCUGAGUAUCAUUGACAGACAACUUUAUCCAGCAGCUUGUGAGAAAGCCUCUUGUGCAGAUGUGCAUUGUGGUCCCAAGCGAAAGUGCUCCAUGGAACAUGGAAAACUGCUCUGUUCUUUGCAAACUAAAAUAUGCUCUGCAUGGGGUGACUCUUAUUACCGCACCUUUAAUGGAAAAGAUUUUGUCCUGCAGGGAAACUGUAACUACACCUUAGUUCAGACUACCUGUCCAGGCUUAAAUGCUUCUAUUCCACUUCAGAUUAAUAUAGCCCGAGCAUAUUUGAACAGUGCCACAGUCUCCGCCAUCCACACAGUGCAGAUAAGCAUCCAGGGCCUUAAUAUCUCCUUGGUUAAAGAAGACAGAAAUCAUGUCAGGAUUAACGGGCAGAAGAAGAAUCUACCACUCACCCUGGGAAAUGGAUCCCUUCAUUUUUAUCCAAGUGGCUCCGGUGUUGUUUUAGAAACCACCUUUGCAUUGACUCUGCAUUAUGACUGGAGUCACCAUCUCCAGAUUGAAGUAGGCCCAGAGCUGCAUGGGAAACUGUGUGGUUUGUGUGGAAAUGCCAAUUCUUUCACAUCACAAGGGGUCACUGCCCCUAAUAGCACUGAUGGGGACCCAACUGUGGAUUUUACUCUACCCUGGGUGCUGAACAGUGGUGUGGGCUCAUGUAUCGAGGAUUGCGGUGGCACUGAUGGUGCCUCAUGUCAACUCUGCACUCAUGGCCAAGCCAAAUCUUCUCCUGGCUCUAAAGGCAGCUCCUUCAUGACGGGGUGCACACUGCUGCUGUGGCGUGGUGGGCCAUUUGCAGACUGUCACUCAUAUAUUAAUCCUGAGCCGUUUGUACGUAGUUGUGUUACAAACCUGUGUGUCAAUGAGGCUGCCACUUCUAUGUGCAAGAUCUUGACCGCUUAUUCCACCAUGUGCCAGAGGCUCGGAGCAAGGGUCCAAAACUGGAGGACCAUUGCAAAGUGCUCCAUGGCCUGUCCACUGAACAGUCACUAUGAGAUCUGUGGCUCUGCUUGCCCCGCUACUUGUGGUGACCCAGACACCCAUCAUAACUGUACCCUGCCCUGUAUGGAAACUUGCCAGUGCAACAGAGGGUUUCUGCUGAGCAGUGGGAAGUGUGUGCCACAUAGCAAGUGUGGUUGUCUUCACCAAGGCUUGUACUAUCUCCCAAAGGAGGGCUUCUGGAUGGACAAGUGCCAGAAUAAAUGCGUGUGCCAACCGAACUCCAAGACUGUGACAUGUACUCAGUCUCAGUGCCGGGAUGGCACAUUGUGCAAAGUCCUGAAUGGUGUCCUGGACUGUCAUAUGGAUGGACCUGGAGUGUGCAUAGUCAAAGGAGCUUCACAUUAUACUACCUUUGAUGGCCGUAACUUUGAUGUCUAUGGAAACUGUACUUACAUUCUCACUUCUCACUGUCCCUCCUGGGGAGAUCUGGAAGACUUCAGGGUGGAGGUUCAGAAUAAAAUGAGGGAAAUUUCCAAUGUUUCCUUUCGGCACAUUACAGUGGCUGUCUCUGGUUAUUCCAUUGAGAUGUCAAACGAUUGGAGCAACAGGGUUAUGGUAAAUGGUCUGCUGAUGCGUCUUCCUGUUGUGUUGAGCCGGGGCAAAGUAAAGCUCUAUGUGACUGGACUCUCAAAGCACAUAGAGACAGACUUUGGUAUUAUUGUGGCAUACAGCUCUGAUGUCCUGACUGUUCAAAUGCCAAAGAUGUUCACUGGUACUCUCUGUGGCCUGUGUGGGAACUUUAAUGGUUACGCAGAAGAUGAUGUGAUACCUGACGCUGAAUCAGAUGUCUCUCAGGCUGUGCAGCACUGGAAAAUCAACAGUGAACAUGAAUGUGCUGAUGGGCCUAUUGACAUCACAGGAUGUAAUGCACAAGAUAUGAGACUCUAUCAAGGAAAAGAUUUCUGUGGAAGGUUACUAGAUACGGAGGGUGCUUUCCAGAGCUGCCACAAUACAGUCAGCCCACAAGAGUUCUAUGAUAACUGUGUUCAUGACCUCUGUUAUAAUAACCAGACCACCCUGUGUCAGAGUCUGGCCAGCUAUGUUUCUGUUUGCCAAGAAAUGGGAGCUAUGGUGGAUGAAUGGAGGUCUUCUAGCUUUUGUAAUCUUCUCUGCCCAUCUAACAGCGAAUACCGCCUGUGCUCAACUCAUGACUCUGACUGCGGGGAAAGCUCAAGUCCUCAGACAUUAAAAUGCAAAGAGGGCUGUUUCUGUAAACCUGAGUUUUUCAGCAAUGCUGGGAAAUGUGUACCAAACUCUGAGUGUGGCUGCGUUUAUGAUUGUGUUUACUAUGAGAUCCAUGAGGAGUUCUACCCAGAUGAGCUCUGUCAGAAGCACUGUGUCUGUGUUGGUCAAAACAAAGUGCAGUGUACCAACCACACAUGUCCAGAAGGAACCAAAUGUACCGUCAGAGACGGCCUCAGGGCAUGCCAUGCAUCACAGCCUCUCCAAUGCACAGUCAUGGGAGGCCAACACUUUAGGAGCUAUGAUGGACAUAACUUUGACUUUAACCCUGGAAGUUGCAGUUAUGUUCUCUCCCAGGUUUGUGAUGAGGAAAAGUCUGAUCCUGUUGUAAUUUUCCAUAAUGGAAAUCUGCACCUAAGAGUCCACAGAGUGAACAUUUCAAUGGAGAUGGAGCACUUGGGGAAAGUCAAGAUCAAUGGAGUUUUGAAGGGUCUUCCUGUCCAGCUUGAUCACAUAGCCAUACUCCAGUCUGGGUGGCUGACUCGUGUUGUUGUAAACCCUGGUGCUGUUAUCACUUAUGGUGGGCCUAACCUUAUACAAGUAGAGAUCCCUGCCUUCAGUAGAAGAAUGUGUGGCUUGUGUGGAAGAAGCCCAGCUGUUGAUACAGAUGACAAACACAGCCCAAAUGGAAGCCUAGUCAGGGAUGUUUCCAUAUUUGCAUCAUCCUGGUCACUCUCACCAUCUGGAACAAACUGCUCUGAGGAGUGCAAGCUCUGUUCCAUGUGCAACUCUAGCAUGACAACUGAAUUUGCCUCCGAUAACCUCUGUGGCAUGCUGCUGGUCCCUGAAGGAUCAUUUAGUGGAUGUCACUCCACUGUGGACCCAGCGCCCUUCUUUCAGAACUGUGUGAACGACUUAUGUAUGUCAAAUGGGAGUGAAGAAAUCUUUUGCAGGAGUUUGAGUGAGUACACUUUUGCAUGCCAGACUGCUGGAGCUGAGGUUAAACCAUGGAGAGAGGAGAGGUGCUUGCUCUUAUGCCCUGAAAACUCUCACUACAAUAUAUGUGUCAGUGCAUGCCCUGAGUCCUGUGGUAUUUUAUCCGAUAUCCCCUGCCCCUGGGCCUGUUAUGAGGGAUGUCAAUGUGACUCUGGGUACAUGCAGAGUGGAAAUGGCUGCAUUAAAGCUGAAGAAUGUGGCUGCUUCUACCAUGGGCAAUACUAUGAGAUUGGGGAGAUAUUGUGGGCUGAGGGAUGCUCUGAGCACUGUCACUGCUCCGCCACUGCCACCAUGUGCUGUGAGCCAGCCUGGUGCCCUGAGGGAGAAAACUGCACCCUUAACAAUACUUGGGGCUGUGCAAGAAAAGCUGAUGAGGAUAAAACCUGUAAGAAUGGAGAGACUUGUGAAGUCCAGAAACAACCCCUGCAAGCUCAGUGUUGGGUGCUGGGAGGUUCUCACUUCUACACUUUCGAUGGAAAGACGUUUGAAUUUCAAGGAAACUGCACUUACACUUUGAUGCAUAUGAUGAAUGACACAAGUGACGAAGACACAUUUUGGAUCAGAAUACAAAAAGACAGGACCCUGGAUGAGGUCUCAUCUAUUAAAGCUAUUUAUGUCAAAGUGGCAGAACACAGUUUUGCAGUCUACAGAGGGGAAAGAGGCUACGCUUGGGUUAAUGGAGAAAAAAGACUGCUACCUGUGAACCUGCAGUCCGGACUUGUAAAGAUUUAUCAGAGUGGCUUCUUUGUUGUUCUGGAUACGAGUCUGGGCGUUCAAGUUAAGUAUGACUGCUCACAUAUUGCCACUAUCCUUCUCUCCAAUACGGCGGUAGUAAAUGGUUUAUGUGGAAAUAAUAAUGGUAUAGAAGACGAUGACUUCAGGAGCCCACAGGAUGAGGCUGUGGAUGCUACCACCUUUGGCUGGAGCUGGAGAGUUUCUGACCAGGAAGCCUGGUGUACAGCAGAUUGUGGAGAUGCAUGUCCACGGUGCUCUGCUGAACAGCUGCAAAAGAAAAAAGUAGCAAAGCAGUGGAUCUCCUGGUAUGAAUACAUUUGGUCCCCACAAAAUCUAUUCCACCUGUGUAGAGAAGUUGUGAACUACACUGAAAUCUCGGCAGCAGUGAGCAUAUUUGACCUGUGCUCGAGUGAUGACCCUCAAAAGACCUUGUGCAUCGUCUUGGAGGCUUAUGUUGCAGCCUGCCAAAAUGCCCACAUAGAGGUCGGGGAGUGGAGAAAUGGCACCAACUGCUCCAAACCCUGUCCAUUGAAUAGCCAUUUUGAGGCCUGUGGCACAGCCUGCCCUGCCACCUGUGAGGCCCCCAUCAGUUCAGACCCCUGCAUCCUGGCCUGUGUGGAGACCUGCCAGUGUGACCCAGGGUUCAUCCUCGAUGGUGACAUCUGUGUCCCCUUGUCGCAGUGUGGCUGCACUCACAACGGCUACCAUUACCACAGCAACCAGACCUUCUGGGCUGAUGAGAGAUGCACUGAAAAAUGUGUCUGUGACCCCUACACCCACCAGACCCAAUGCCAUGUGGAUUCUUGCAGCCAUGAUGAAUCCUGUGUUCUCGAAAAUGGAGUCAGAAGCUGUGUGUCACAGCCGCAGCAGACAUGUGUGUAUAGUGGUCAACACAUUGUCACCUUUGACCAGCAUGACUAUGAUUUGCAUGGCACCUGUCAGUACCAGUUACUGGGCAUGUGUGGACACAAGCAGGGCAUUGAUGCCAUUCAGGUUCACGUACAGACAGAUGGACAUUUGGAGUCAGCGCUUCAUGUCCUGGUCAAUGUGAGCGGUAGACUUGUGGAGCUAAACAGCAAAAACACAGAAUACUUAGAGGUCGAUGGAGUCAUAAAGAACAUGCCCUAUUACCUGAGCCCCUCUGCACUGGCUUUCUCUCUGGGGCUUCACACUUACAUCUACACAGACAUGGGCUUUGAAUUCAGCCUCAGCACAGAGGGCAUCGUUAACAUCCAACUGUCCCAGGAAUAUGCUAAUGCUACAUGCGGCCUGUGUGGUAACUUCAAUUCUGAUCCUGCUGAUGAUCUCACAGCAAGCGGUGCAGGAGAGCGUCUCAGUCCUGAGCAGUUUGGAAAAGCUUGGAGGAGUGGGCAGAAUCCCUGGUGUGUGGAGGGCUGCCUAGGAGGAAGUUGUCCAAAAUGUUCAUCUGAGCGUCUGGCCCUCUUCUCUGACCCGAAGGCUUGCGGGAAGAUUCUGGAAGUUAAUGGACCAUUUAGACACUGUCAUGGCAAAGUGAACCCCUCCAGCUUUUACAAGCGCUGCGUCAGUGACCUGUGUCUUCACAGAGGUCUCCAGCCUGCACUGUGUCACUCCUUGGCAGUGUAUACUGCUGUCUGCCUCUCUCAUGGAGUUACAGUUUAUGCCUGGAGGAGACCUGGAUUCUGCUACAUGUCCUGUCCCUCCAGCACCAGUUACAAUAUGAGUUCUGCCUCUGUUAACCUCUGCCUUGGCUUGCAGAAUAACACGGUAGAGAUGCCUAAGAACACGGGGGAGAACUGUCUCUGUGAAGCAGGUUUAGUUCGCAGUGGCAGCCAGUGUGUCUCUGCAGAAAACUGUGGCUGCUUUUACCAUGGAGAAUACCUCCAGGCAGGACAGGAGGUGUCAUCAUGCAAAAAAAGCUGUUUAUGCAAUGCUGGGGGACGCAUGACGUGUCAUAAUGUCUCCUGUGGGGAGAAUGAGGAGUGUAAGCUUCUUAGGGGCGUUCAAGGUUGCCACCCCAAACCUAAAGUGGCACACUGCUCUGUUGACGGAUCCCAAUACACCACGUUUGAUGGACAGGCAUUUGAAUUUCAUGGUUCAUGUAACUACACUCUGGUGCAGACGUGCUCUCUCCAGAAGCUGGAAGUAGAGCCAGUUUUCAUAACUGCACAGGGAAACCAGAGCAAGGGCAGGCAGAUCUACUUGCAAGUCAAUAAAAUGUAUUUUAGGAUAUCAUCAGCUUUUCCUGGAAAAAUUCAGGUAAAUGGAGUUAAUGAGAACCUGCCGUUCUCCAAAAACAAUUACACUGUGCAACAGAAAAAUAGAUGGAUAACCAUUAAGACACCACAAUCAGUCGAGCUCAUUUCAGACCUCAAAAACCACAUCCUGGUCAAGAUUCCCAACAUAUACCGCCAGACAACCUGUGGACUUUGUGGGAACUACAAUGACGAUCCCUCUGAUGACCUGCAGCUGCACAAUGGAUCUGUGAUCUCUGACCCUGAGCUGUUUAAGCCACCAUGGAAACUGUUUGAUAAUGAUUCAUCCUGCAGCAACACAUGUGACAGCACCUGUCAACUCUGCCAGUCACCUAUGUUAAAAUACACCUCUGACCUUUUCUGUGGACUUCUCACUCAUCCCACAGGACCCUUCUGUCCUUGUCACCAUUUAGUCUGCCCGCAGAAAUACUACUCACUCUGCAUGAGAAACCUCUGUCUUGCUAAGGGUCAGCACGGGGCCCUUUGUGAUGAACUGUGGGCCUAUGAGGCAGCCUGUAAGGAGGCAGGAGGGAUGGUUGACCCCUGGACAAACAAAACAGGCUGUGCUGAUGAAUGCCCUCAAUUCAGCCACUACAGCCACUGUGCCAAUGCCUGUUCCUCGCUGUGUCCUGAGAUAAGCCAGGGAGUUCAGUGCCCCUGGGAAUGUGAGGAGGGUUGCCAGUGUAAUAAUGGAUACUUUUAUGAUGGUAAUGCCUGUGUACCAGCAGAGCAGUGUGGCUGUGUACAUGAUGGGAUGAGAUUUAAGGCCGCUGAGAGCAAACUGCUUCAGAGCUGUACUCUUAACUGCACCUGUGGGCCUCCUGUAGUCUGUGAGCAAUACUCAUGCCCCCCACUGCACAGAUGUGUUGUUUCAGAUGGAGUCAUGGGCUGCCAUAAGGAAGCAGAACAAACCUUUGAUCCAUGUGAGGGAAAAUGUGAGGAGACAGAGGAUUGUUAUAUGAGCAAUGGUGUGCCUGCUUGUGAGAGCCGUCAGGGUCUGUGCUGGACCUGGGGAGGACAGCAAUACCACACCUUUGAUGGGCUAAACUACAACUUUGAGGGUACUUGUGCAUAUCUGCUUGCGGCCAGCAAAGGGACAGCAUGUGGGCUAAAAGCCUUUAGUGUGUCCAAGAGAAGUCACUACAACAGCUAUGAAGAUGCUUCAUCCAUAGAGGUGGUCUUUGUACAAGUUUAUGGGCUCAUAAUUGAACUUGGUGGUGAAAAAGGCAGCAUAUACGUAAAUGGUGAAGUGACUCCUAUUCCUGCUAACCUGCUGCAGGGUAAGAUCAAAGUUGCUCACAAAGAAGGUAAACUUCAGCUCAAGACUGUCUUCGGCUUGCGUGUUGUCUUCAGCGGGAACUCCACUGUUCUGGUUACUCUGAGCCCACAAUACAGAGACCAUGUUUAUGGGCUGUGUGGAAACUUUAAUGGCGAUCAUCAAGAUGAAAUGGCUGUCGCUAAGCCUGGUUCACUUCCCUUAAACUCAACUUUGGAGGCUUACCGAGUCUUUGAUGGGGACCAUAACUGUUGUUCAGGCUGUAAGCAGGAGAAUGAAGUUACCUUCACUGCAGAUCAAGUUGUGGAAGUCGUCGCUCAUCACAAGAGACAGUGUGAAGUGCUCAAGGAUCAGAGAGGCCCGUUGGCCCAUUGUCAUAGUCUAGUCGCUCCAGAAUCCUUCUAUGAAAGCUGUUUAAGUAACUUGAUGCAUAAUGGAUCUGCUCUUAAUGAGGCCAUUACUUCAUAUUCUGCAGUUUGUGAUGUAAUCAAAGAUGGCUAUCACAGUGAAGUUACAAUUGAUAUGCGCUGUCCACCAAACAGUCAUUUCAAGACCUGCGGCACAGUCUGUCCUCCAUCCUGCGAGCUGAACACCACAGCCUGUCAUAAGGCUUGUGUUAUGGGCUGCUUCUGUGACCCUGGGUUUAUAAAAAGUCCAGCUGGCUGCAUUCAUCCACAUCAGUGUGGCUGCACAGACUCCACUGGCAAAUACCACAGCCUCAACACAACUUACUGGAUCCCAGACAACUGUGGCAAGGUGUGUACGUGUGGACCAGCUGCUGGAGAAGUCCACUGCCGCUCAGCCCACUGUCCUAAAGGAAUGGUCUGCAAAGAGCGACAUCACAAGAGGAUGUGUCAACCUGAGAAACCCUUUAACUGUACUAUUGUUACAGGGCUGCACUUUACAACCUUUGAUGGACAUCAUUUUGGCUACAGAGACAGCUGUUCAUACUCUUUGGUUCAGACAAAGUCUAACCUAACUGGACUUACACCAUUCAGUAUUACUAUCUCAGAUGCAAACUGUUACAAAAGGUUUUCCCAUAGCCUGAACUUAAGAUUGUCCAUCUAUGGUUUGGAGGUUAUGGUGGGGAAGAGUGAUCCAAGGAAGGUUUUUGUUGAUGGACUUCAUAAGCCCUUGCCGUUUUCUCACAAUACAGGCCACAUUAAUGUCUAUCAUACACCUUCUUCCAUCGUCUUUCACACUGAUAUGGGCUUACAGUUAAUUGUCUACAACAUCGGCACUCUAAUGGUAAUACUCCCCAAAAGCUAUGCCUCCUCCGUCUCUGGUCUUUGUGGGGAUGCCAACUCUAACCCUAAUGAUGACCUGAUGAUGCCAGAUGAGCAGCUCGCCCAAAAUAAACUGGAGUUUGUGCACAGCUGGAGGUCUCAGGGGGCAGAGACCUGCAGGGACAAGUGUUCAUCCAGACUGAAGCAUUGUCCAGCUGAGGCUCAGAAACUGUUCGAAGGCAGUGACUUCUGUGGGGUAUUGUUGAAUGAGCUGGGGCCCUUUGCAGAGUGCGCCUCAGUUUUAAGUCCCAAGCAUUACUUCCAUAACUGUGUUGUAGAUACCUGUUCUUACAACGGACACUUCACAGCACUCUGCAGCUCCAUUGCAUCUUAUGCAGCUGCCUGCCAAGCAGCUCUGCUACCAGUGAGGCACUGGAGGAGUGACACUUUUUGUGGUAUGUCUUGCCCUAAAAACAGUCACUAUGAGCUGUGUGGACGUCGGUGUCCGGUCAUGUGCCCUGGCCUUUCCUCCCCAGCGAACUGCAGUGGAGGCUGUGAGGAGGGCUGCCAGUGUGACCUGGGCUAUGUCCUGAGCGAUGGCCAGUGUGUUCUGGUUUCUGACUGUGGCUGCAUGCAUGAGGGACACUAUCACCCUGCAGGCUACUUCCACUCUAAGAAAAGCUGCCAAACCCGUAACUGUGAAAGAGGAGAGGUGACCUGCAGCCCCACUGAAGACUGUUCACAAGAGGAAGGCCUUGCCUUACAGUUUGGGGUGUGCCAAGUGUUUGCUGGUUUUGGCUAUAUCACAUUUGAUGGUGUUAUUCUGCCUCACCACGGAGCUUGUACUUUUUUACUGUCAGCCCUCUCCUCUAAAGCAACCCAGGACUACAAUCUUCUGCUUAGCUUUGAAAAGGACAGCAGUGGCAAUUUCACCAUCAGCAGACUAGUACUCCAUACACUUUCACAGGAAGUGACUGUUGACCCCGAAACUUUAUGGAAAAUACAGGUCGAUAAAGAAGAGCGCAGCGUUCCUUUGGACAAUGGAGUGAUUAAGGCAUAUCAAGAUGGACACAGGCUGAUUAUCAAAGCUUUAUCUGGGCUGGAAAUUGACUUUUCCUCUUCACAAUACCUCAGGUUAACUGUACCACAGGUAUAUGAUGGCACAGCUUCAGGCCUCUGCGGGAACUUCAACGGAGACCGAUAUGAUGACAUGGAAUUGAGAAAUGGUCGUCUCACCACUAGCUUUGCAGAGCUCCUGCAAAGCUGGGCAGAAUUAGCUCCUGGAGAACACUGCGCUGACACCUGUGGGGGAGAGUGUGAUGAGUGCAGCCUAUCGCCACAUGACAGCAGGGUCUGCGAUGUCCUGUUGAUCAGUACUGUUGAGUUCAACCAUUGCUGGAACAGUGGAGUAGAGUGGGAUAUUUACACACAAAUGUGCACAAGGGCAGUUUGUGCUGGGGCAGGAGACAGGGCUGUGUGUCUCGCACUGGAGGCAUUUUCAGCAGCUUGUCAGGCUAAAGGAAUACCAAUAGGACCAUGGAGGGUGAACAUGCCAUGUGCUCUUCAGUGUCCUGACCGCAGCAGCCCAAACAACUGUGUUGACCCCAGCUCCAGUUCAUGCCCUGCUUUGCUCCAACCUGGAUCACCAGCAGCUGGCUGUUCAGAAAGCUGCAUGUGCCAGCAUGGAAAUGUGUUUGAUGGGGGAGAGUGUGUGCCUUACAGUCAGUGUGGGUGCAUCCUUGGUGAUAAAUAUAUCAAGAUGGAUGAGCAGCUGUACACUGAGGACUGCACCCAGAGAUGCUGGUGUCACCCUCUCGGUGGGGUGCUGUGUGAGGGUGCAGGCUGCAGUUCAGGGCAACAGUGUGCUCUGAGGAACGGCUCCUGGAGCUGUGAGGACAGACCCGAGGCUUGUGAAGUCAGGGACAGCCUCCAUGUGUCCUCCCUCAGUGGGCAGCAGCUGAUCCUGGAGCCUCAGUUACCUUACAGUCUGAUGUCCUUGUGUGAUGAAGACAGCAUGCAGUGGUUCAGUGUGAUCUCUUACCAUGGGCCUUGUGAUGGCAACUCUUUUAGACCAAUUAGUGUGUUUCAAAUCCUCCUGCAUGGGUCAUCAGUGACCAUUCAAAACAGCACUGUGAAGGUGAAUGGACAGUUGGUGUCCCUCCCUCAUGUUUUGCCAUCUGGGGUCUCCCUGACAUCAGGUGUGAGCCAAGACAAGUCAGAGGUCACAGUGAUCCUGAGGAGAGAUUCAGGAAAGGAGUCAGAGCUGGAGAUAGAGGUUGGUGUUACCAUGCUGGCAAUAAAGGUUCCUCUCUGGUACUCUGACAGACUGUGUGGUCUGUGUGGAAACCUGAAUGAAGUCCACUCUCACGCUUCAGCCAGGUCAUGGGUUCUUCACGACUUUCCAGGAUGUGGCUUCACUGGAUGAUGGCUUUUUAACCUUCUGUUUUAAAUAAAAAAAACAAUUUAAA